AGUGAUGCAGAUAGAAUGUAUAAUUUCAUUUUAUUUUUUUGUUUCAAUUUCCUUACAGGGAAAGAUGUGUUUGAGGCAUUUUAUAAGAAAGACUUGGCUAAAAGACUGCUGGUUGGAAAAAGUGCAUCAGUAGAUGCUGAGAAGUCCAUGUUGUCAAAACUUAAACAUGAAUGUGGUGCAGCUUUUACCAGCAAACUGGAGGGCAUGUUCAAGGACAUGGAACUGUCCAAAGAUGUCAUGGUACAGUUCAAGCAGUAUAUGCAGAACCAAAGUGACCCAGGAAAUAUAGACCUGACAGUAAAUAUAUUAACUAUGGGAUACUGGCCAACUUACACACCUAUGGAAGUCCACUUAAAUUCAGAG